CCUCUUGUUGGAUCCAGUAUGAAGCUACAGGUUCCAAGUCGCAAGUGUGGGAGGCCGGAUCAAAUUCUUCGAUAGUAACCAUGAAGAUCGCCGGGCUCGUUUCCCUCGCCACUGCGUGGGCCGUUAGCACAGCAGCAUUGCCGACCGAAUCUGCACGGGACAUUCAGGCUGUGUCUGUAUACCCCGUCGGUACAUCCAAAAAUGCCAACGCGAAGGUUGCCGGAAGGCUGUUCAACAUUGACGGCAAAGUCGGCUACUUUGCAGGAAGCAACGCUUGGUGGCUUGGGCACCUUAGCAGGAACUCAGACGUUGAUACCGCGUUGAAGGAAGUAGCCAAAACAAAGUACAAGGUUCUCCGUGUCUGGGGCUUCGGAGAUGUGACAACGAUCCCAGAUGCCUCGGCCACAGACCCGAACAAGGUGUGGUUCCAGUAUCUGAACGCGACGGGGUCGCACAUCAACUACGGCGCCGACGGGAUCCAGCGGCUGGACUACGUCGUGUCGGCGGCCGAGAAGUACGGUGUCAAGCUAGUUCUGAACUUCAUCAACAACUGGGGCGACUACGGUGGCAUCGCCGCCUACAGCCGGGCUUUUGGCACCAACGCCACCGAGUGGUACACACACGCGACAUCGCAGCAGGUCUACCGUAACUACAUCACGACCGUCGUGGCCCGCUACCGCAAGUCCUCGGCCAUCUUCGCUUGGGAGCUGGCCAAUGAGCCGCGCUGCAAUGGCUGUCCCAGCUCGGUGAUCACCAAGUGGGCGACUGACGUCUCAAAAUACAUCAAGAGUCUUGACUCGGACCACCUGGUCACCCUUGGCGACGAGGGCUGGCUGGUGCCGGACAGUGGUGUCGGCGACGGCUCGUACGCGUACAGCGGCGCCGAGGGCAUCGACUGGGUUGCGAACCUAAAGAUCCCGACGCUGGACUACGGCGUCUUUCAUCUCUACCCGGACUCGUGGGGCUACGAGUACGAAUGGGGCAGCGAGUGGAUAGAACAGCACGACCAGCUGGCCAGGAAGAUCGGCAAGCCUAUUAUUCUCGAGGAGUACGGCGCGCCGUUCCCGGGAAACCACACCGCAGUAUAUCAGCCCUGGCAGGACGCCGUGUAUGAGAGCGGGGUUGCGGCUGAUCAGGUCUGGCAGUUCGGUACGCAUGAUUUGAGUAUCCCUGGUGAGCAGUUCGGGGAUGUCAAUUCUAUUUAUUAUAAUGAGACCGAGUACAAGGUCUUGGGUUUCCAGCAUGCUGCUAGGAUGUUGGCGAAGAAAGCCUAAAUGGCAUAAACCACUUCCUACAUGAUCAGCACGGAAUGCAUGCUGAUAUUUGGAUAAAGACUUAGUCUUUCAGUGCUAUGACAACAAGUAACAAACU